CCAGGUUUCAGACUGGAGGGCAAGGUCCCAGCAGUGUCCAGAGGGGGGGACAGUGGUGAGGUCAGUUCCCUGUCUGGAGAGCAGAAGCCUGAUUGGCUGGGCCCCGCCACGUUACAGCUGAGCCAGGGAGACAGUGGCGGGUCUGGCCCCUGGCAGACAGAGAGCAGCCUGGCUGAGUCCUGGUCCACCGUGGGAGACAUGAUGGACCCCGAGGACACCAAGAGCCUGGACAGCAGCGACGGAGUGGUCCACCUAGCUGAGGAGCGCAGCGAGAACCACUCCUCCAUCUCCGACAUGGUCCAUCUAGAGCGGGAGGAGAAGAUACUUGCGGAGGAGGAGGAGGACGGGAGCCUGGGGGAAGAGGAGGAGCUGCAGGCCUGUGUGAUGAGUGUGUUUGGGGGAGGAGGAGACAUGUCUGAGUUCAGGGAAGAGGAGCUGGAUACCCAGGAAUUAUUACCUUCAUCUGAGGUGUCAGUUGACCACCAAGAGACUAUGGAUUUAAUGAUGUCUGUGGCUGAGGAGCUAUUUGUCCAGGAGGAGCCUGUUGAAUUAUCCCACGCCACCACUGCCUCUAUGCCCAUGCCAGUUUGGAAGCUAGAGCCCCCCUCUGCCUCCUCUACUCCUGUCCCCUCAAUACCUACACUAGCUGAGUUACAUUCAGAGCUCCAAUACUCUAUGCAGGAGCAGCUCCACCCUCCCCCGGUCCUAGGACCAGGAGCACCACAGCCACCAGACCAGAGCCAAACUAACAGCCAACCAGAGUCCUUGGCCUCGCUCCACACUGCCCAGGAGACACAGGAAAUCCCACCAGUGACACAGGAGGUUCCACCAGAAAAGACAGAGGCUGAGCUUGCUACAUCGCUCCAUGCCACUGAGCUACCUGUGCUGCUGUGUGGGGGCGCUGCAAUGGUGGCUAUUGUGGGAGUAUUAGCUUAUGGGGCUGUGGCUUACUGCAGAAAGUAGCAAACCCCUAUCCUGUGAGCCCCAGCAGCCAUAUAACCCAGGUCUUUUAAAAUCUACUCUAAACUAUUCCACCAAGUACAUACUGGAUUUUACACAAUGCGUUUCUUUGCAUCUAAGUAGUAUUAUAAAGGUUGGUUACAUUUUUUAUCUAUUUCCUGUGCUACCUCAGUCCACGUAAGAGCUCAGGAGAUUUGUAGGAGCAAGAAUAUUUGUUUCUCUGUAAAUUCACAGGAAAUUACACUUUUAAAAUAUCUUAAAAAUCAGAUCUUUGUUUGUUGUUUAUUUUUUGUCCCUGUCAAUGCAUUAUAAAAUAACACACACGCAUGCACGCCCAAGCACACACACACACACUAAUUAUGACUAUAGUUGAGCCACUUCAAGGGGUAUUGUAUAAUGGCUUGUUCUGUGUCACUGUGGGCAAACUCAGUGACUAUGUUAGUUUUUGAUCAAAUGUAUUAGUGGAUAUUAAUCUGUAUAGUGACUCAGCUGCAAAGCUGCAAAGGGCCAAAGUUUAUAUAGCAGGUGUGGAUAUCUGGAGUUACAGUAACCACACAGCACUGCCCCCUGUUGCUCAGUUUUCUGUAAUACAGAACAACAACUACUAUUUGUCUACAAACCCUAGAGAUUGAUUUCCUGUUCAACAUGGCAAAUAAAUAGAGGUCUUCUGCAAGCCCUAAAGGAUUGAAUGCACUCAGAUUGUGCUCUGUGCUCCAAUAUUUUCCCACAUUGGCUGCUGUGGGGGAAAUAGAUUUGAUAAGAAAAGGUCCCUUUGACAUUUUUAUUCCUUGUGAAAGACACACUGGUUACUCAGCAAACAUUCCCAACCUUAAUUCUCGCUCUGUUAUAAACAAUUAUAAAUGUUAAUGUUACUUUCUAUGAAGUACAUACAUAAACCAUUUUUUUCUUUGAACUGAAGGAUUGACUAAAUUAGAUGUAUUAUUAUAAUUUUCUGACAUGGUGUGAUGUCAGUCUUUACUACUUCCUAGUGGCCAUGUGUGGAACAGUAAUAAAAUUUUUAAAAAGAAAUAAAAAAAAUAUGUGGAACAGUU